AUGUCAGCUCCCAUAUCCAGACACGUCUCUGGCAUAAAGCAAGAACUGCUACACCGAAGCAAGCGAAUCAAGCUUUUCCUGUCAGCCAAUCAGGAACAAGAGGCAUUACUUGCCAACCCGCGGCACAUUGAGCACCUGAAUCAGCUCACAAACUCCGAGCUCCAGACUUUACGAGGAAUCGUGGUACAGUGCACAGGGCUACUUGGCAUGACUGGAAUGCCUGUCCCUACCGUGGUAGAGUUUCUGCUCGGGCUGACCUUUGACAACGGCUGGACCUCUGACAAACCUGUUGAAGAACGGCCCCUGUUCUUGGAGAUCCGAAACAUCACGACAAUCGGCACUUUGACCAAAGAGACAUUCGCAUAUGUCCUUCAGCAAGAAUACUUCCUUCCAAUAGGCAAGACACAUGAUGGGCGUGAUGUGUACGGACACGCGUCCUUGGCGGGCGGUGACGCUCCAAACGGCACCCACGUGCAAUUCAACUACGUGACCAUUGUAAAUGGCAGCUACGUCAAGAUUGCAUUGAGUGAUCCCGCGGCCCCUCGAGAUGGAAGCGUGGCCAUCAACGACUUGAUCCGGUGCCACAACCAGUUCGUCAUGGACCAGGUGCUAUAUUACAACAUACAAGCCGCCAAAUUUAUAGCGCAGCACCUCAUCAAACAGUUCGCGUCUGGAAAAAUGUUAGGUCUCGAAAUGACUGGACGGAUCGCUCAGUUCGAGAGAGUGGAGUUUCCCAGGGUCAAGAAACACCUCCUCGCCAACUUGUUUCCUCCAGCGAUCGCCCGGGAACUUGGCAAACUGAAGAGUCGCCUUGACUGCGACAUUUGCGGCUUAAAUGGCCUCAAAGUAUUCAAAACCAACUUGUUCUUGAUAGCAAGGGGGUGGGAGAAGCCGUGA